AUGCAAGGCACGCAAGGUAUGGAGAGCAUGGGUGCAAGUGGAGAUGGAAGCAUGGGCACUCCAGCCAGCGGAAUGACUGGCGGUUGCGGCUGUGGUGGCUGCUGCGGUGGCUGUGGAUGCGGCUGUGGCUGCGGUUGUGGCCCUUGCUGUGGUGGUUGUUGUGGAUGUCCCUGUGGUGGUAUGAUGGCAAUGCCGAUGAUGAUGCCAAUGAUGCCCAUGAUGAACCCAAUGAUGGGGCUCAUGGCUGGCAUGGCCAGCAUGGCCAACAUGGCAAAAGCUGCCAAGGCAAAGAAGAAGGUGCCGGAGCCGGAGGUGAAAAAGGAGGAGGAGGAGAAAGAAGCCGCGCCAGCCGUUGAGGCUUUCAACCCUGAGGAGCUGCAGAAGCGGCUGCUCAUGGCCCAGUCACAGGCGUUUGCAGAGGUGGGCAAGAAGGAUAAGCGCAGGGAGGAGGAAGAUGAGGAUGCCGAACAUUCCCCCGAUAGCGAUGCUGCAAAGAGCGAAGGUGAAGGGCUGCACGAGGACAAGGAUGCCGAGAAGGAAAGUGAGGAGAGUGCGGAUGAGACUCCGCCACCCCCGCCAGAGCCACCGCAACCACCACCCCAACCUGCCAAAGCUCCCCAAACAAAUGCCCAAGAACCUACACCACCCCAGCCGCAGCUUCACCAUCCACAGAGGGAUGUGGUGCCCCAAGUGACACAAAAACCUCAAGCACCGCAAGCGCUCCAAGCACCCCAAGCACCCCAAGCACCCCAAGCACCCCCGGCGACCAAAGCUCAAGCAGCCCAGCAGAAGUCGCAGGCUCCUUUGACUUGGCCUGGCCCUCCACCGAACACUGACAGAAUGGACCCGCGAAUGCAGGAGACUCUGCAGAAGCUCCAGGCGCUGCAGGGAGGCGCUCUUGGACAGGUGUCUGAAGAGCAGAAAGCCAGACGUAUGAAGGCUGCAACUGCUGCAGCUGAAGAGAUCACUAUGUCGUUAGAGAUGAAGAGCUUCGAGCCAGCACCUGGCCCGGAGGAGAAAAGAGAAAGGAAAGAGGACAAGAAGACUUCAGAGAAAGGCUCAAACACAGCCAUGGGUGUUGUGAUCCACUGGAGCGGCAUUAGAGGUUUUGGAAUUCUGCGGUCACAGACUCACGGUGAGGUCAUCGUCCAUGCAAAAGCGCUCAUGAACACCGGCGAACUAGCCGUCGGUGACGUUGUCACAUUUGAGCUUGGGUUUGAUGAGAAGAAGAACAAACCAGAGGCAAACAGUGUGUACAAGUCGGGCGCAGGAGGUCAAAAGCCCAGUGGUGACGAUGCCCGGACGUCCACCAGCAGUUCAGGGCCUGGCACUGCUCGGGCCUCGCGCACUGGAGACAACAAUGGAACGUCCAAGGAUGAUGCUGCAAAAAGUUCAGCGGGAACAGCAGUGACAAAAGUCCAGAAGCCGAGCGACGCCAACGAGAGUGGUGGAGGCAAGAAGGACAAGAGGAAGUCGCGCUCGCGGCGUAAGUCUUCUUCGUCCUCGUCCUCGUCAUCCUCCCGCAAGCGGAGGAGGCGGUCCCGCUCCCGUUCUCGCUCAAGAGGUCGCCGUCGGCGGUGA